AUGGUGGGCGGCGGGGGCGGCAGCGGCGGUAGCGGCGUAGGGGGUGGCCUCCUUGAGAACGCUAACCCCCUGAUCUAUGAGCGCUCUGGGGAGCGUCCUGUGACUGCGGGCGAAGAGGACGAGCAGGUUCCCGACAGCAUAGAUGCGCGCGAGAUUUUCGAUCUGAUUCGCUCCAUCAAUGACCCAGAGCAUCCACUGACGCUGGAGGAAUUGAACGUGGUGGAGCAAGUCCGGGUUCAGGUAAGCGACCCGGAGAGCACCGUGGCCGUGGCCUUCACACCCACCAUUCCGCACUGCAGUAUGGCCACCCUUAUUGGCCUGUCCAUCAAAGUCAAGCUUCUGCGCUCCCUUCCACAGCGUUUCAAGAUGGAUGUGCACAUUACUCCAGGGACCCAUGCUUCAGAGCAUGCAGUGAACAAGCAGCUUGCCGAUAAGGAGCGGGUAGCAGCCGCCCUGGAGAACACCCACCUGCUGGAGGUUGUGAACCAGUGCCUGUCGGCUCGUUCCUGAGCUUGACUUUUGGCCCCCAGCCCACACACCUGUGUCUGGGCCCCACCUCUACCCAGGGCUCAUGGCCUUGUUUUCUUGAAUCACUGACAAUGAGAAAUUUAACAUUUUGCAUUUUGUAAUAAACCCUUAAUUUAUAUUCA